AUGGCGUAUGUGUUAGGGUCAAGUCAAGAAAAUAACCGAAGUAACCAAAGUGAAACGCUAUUUUUUAUAAACGAUGGCUAUUCUAUGAGAAAUUUUUCUUAUCAAUAUCCUGCAAGUCCUUUUAUAACAUCACAAUACAUAUCAGGAAACCGACCCUUUUAUUUUUGGUAUAAAGUAGUGUCUUUAGGAUAUUAUCCAACACCAGUUAAACUUACACAAAAAAAUUCUAAAGAUUGUAUUCAAUAUCAAAUACCUGAUAACUAUAGUGUUGAAACUGAAGUUUCUAAAAUUAAGAUCCGUUGUGAAACAAAGUAUCAACCAAAUGGAAAAGUAAGGUUUACAAUUGUGUGGAAAGAAAAUAGAUCAGAGUGGAGUAUAUACAGUGAUCGCUCUGCAACUAGUGUUGUUAAUGCGUUCUUAAAGAAAAAUAAUCGCCCAAAUUCUAAUUUAUCGGGAGUAUACAUUUUUGGGUUUGAUAUUGGACGAUUGCAUGAAUGUCGCUUAGAAACAAUGGGUGCUCCUAUUACAUUAGUUAACAAAAGAAAAAGGCCUCUAACAACGAUUCAAACCAUCUCAGGGCAAAAUAAAAGAUUUGCAUCUUUAGGCAGAGAAUCUGGAAAGGCAAUUAGAUCUUUGAUUAAAAAACAUCAAUUGACUGAUGAAACUAAUCAACCAAUUAUUCAUAUUCAUAAAAUUGAAUUGGAUUUUAAUGGCGAAAGUAUUAUUUUAACUUACAAUCUACCUGAUAAUAAAAAUGAACUUACAAAAAUAGAUGCUAUUGUUAGAGCUUGUGAUGAAUCAUUGUUAGCACGUGAUGGAUAUCGGCGGCUUGCUGCAGUUGAAGCAUUUCUUAUACGUGAAUAUUUGAUAGCUAAUCGUAGGGUUGAAAUUACAAAUCUUAUUAAUAAAGAUCUUAGAAUUGGAACAUUUAACAUCAAUAAAAGUGAUAAUGAUCUGUUAAAUCAUUUAGAAUCUGAUGAUGGUAUAAUAGUUGAUGAGGCAGAAAUUGGAAAUGGUACAUACAGGUCAAUUUACACGAUUUUACAAACUUUAAUACCAUUAUGGAAAGAAUCAUCUCCUGCAAUCAUUAAUUCUGGUGAUACACUUAAACUUAAGUUUGGUGGAGAUGGUCGCAAUGUUGGUCGUAAGCAAAGCCAUGUAAUGAUGACGAUUUGUCUUUUAAAUGAAGGAGAAGAAGUCUUAAAACCGGAACAUCAAUACUGGUAA